AAAACAGACAAGUUUGCAAUACCGAUGGCUCAUUCUGUCUCCGUAUCAGUCGAAGUGCGGUCGUGCAUGAAGAUAUCAGUGUAAGCAUGUGCACCUCCAAGUUCGUAUUCAUCCUUUCUAUUGUCUGUGUACUGGCUAAACCAGAGUUCAAGAUACUAGAUUCAAUCGACCAGGAAGGGCCAUGUAUAUCGCAGGGUGGAAUGUGCACGAUCGCAGGCGACUGUCCAGCCGGUCAUCUGGUAGAAGAACGAGGAUUAUGUCCUAAACAACAGAAACGAGGAGUUGAAUGCUGUUAUGGAUUAUCAGUGAAAGAGACAAGGUGCAAAAAGCGAGGUGGCGAAUGCUUCCCUGGAAAGGAUCCAUGUAACGAAAUCGUCAGAUACAGGGACGCUACCGACUGCCCAAAGGACACAACUUGCUGUAUACUAGUCAGAAGAAAAUAAUUAAAAUUAAUUUUCUAAAAGUCGUUGUUUGUAUUAUCUUUAUU